UCCUCCUCCUCGGCGUCCCCAGAGGGAGCCCCUGCGCUCCGCGGCCGGGAGGAGAGCGUAGCCGGGCGCACCCCGUCCCGCAGCCGGCUCCAGCCGCUCCGCAAGCCUCUGCGCACCCACCGCCGCUAGCAGCAGCAGCGGGAGGAGGAAGGCAGCAGCCCCGCAGCCCGUCCGCAGCCGAGCACGCACGUGUGCGCGCAGCCCUCGACGGCCGCCCUCCAGCAUGCUGCGCGGAGUUGCGCGGGACGGGGCGGCGGAGAGGAGCUGAUCGCCGCGGCGGGAGACGAGCAGCGCAGCGCAGAGGAGCGGGGUCGGCGCAACCCUCCGCGCGUCCGUCCCGUCCCACCUCGUCGACCCUCCGAGGGAGAGGCGGUCUCGCAGCAUGGGCGGCCGCAGCCCCCUGCGCGCCGGGCCCCGCGGGGCCGCUGUCCUGGUGCUGCUCUUGGUUUGCGUCGCGCUCUGCUCCGCCGUGGAGGAAAAGAAAGUUUGUCAAGGGACAAAUAACAAGCUGACCCAACUGGGACAUGUGGAAGACCAUUUCACCAGCCUGCAGAGGAUGUACAACAACUGUGAGGUGGUACUCAGCAACCUGGAGAUCACAUACGUCGAGCACAAUCGUGACCUCUCUUUCCUGAAGACAAUACAGGAGGUGGCAGGCUACGUGCUCAUUGCACUUAACAUGGUGGAUGUCAUUCCUCUAGAAAAUCUCCAGAUCAUCCGAGGCAAUGUGCUGUAUGACAACUCUUAUGCCCUGGCAGUUUUAUCCAAUUACCACAUGAAUAAAACCCAGGGACUUCGAGAGCUGCCCAUGAAACGGCUAUCAGAAAUUCUCAAUGGAGGUGUUAAAAUCAGCAACAACCCCAAACUGUGCAACAUGGACACUGUUCUCUGGAAUGACAUCAUUGACACAAACAAGAAACCUCUCACAGUGCUUGAAUUUGCAAGCAACUUGUCUUCUUGUCCCAAAUGCCAUCCAAACUGCACAGAAGACUACUGCUGGGGCCCUGGUGAACAGAACUGUCAGACAUUAACGAAAGUCAUCUGUGCCCAGCAGUGCUCCGGCCGGUGCAGGGGAAAGGUGCCCAGCGACUGCUGCCACAACCAGUGCGCUGCGGGGUGCACGGGGCCUCGCGAGAGCGACUGCCUGGCAUGUCGCAAGUUUCGGGAUGAUGCCACCUGCAAGGACACUUGUCCCCCGUUGGUCCUGUAUAACCCCACCACCUAUCAGAUGGAUGUCAACCCCGAUGGAAAAUACAGCUUUGGAGCCACUUGUGUGAGGGAAUGUCCACACAACUACGUGGUGACAGACCAUGGCUCCUGUGUUCGCUCCUGCAAUACUGAUACUUACGAAGUGGAAGAAAACGGUGUUCGGAAGUGUAAAAAGUGUGAUGGGCUGUGCAGCAAAGUGUGCAACGGCAUUGGAAUAGGUGAACUUAAAGGCAUCCUCUCCAUAAAUGCUACAAACAUCGACUCCUUCAAAAACUGUACAAAAAUCAACGGGGAUGUCAGCAUUCUCCCAGUUGCAUUUCUAGGCGAUGCCUUCACAAAGACCCUACCCUUGGACCCCAAGAAGUUGGAUGUCUUCAAAACAGUCAAGGAAAUAUCAGGAUUUUUGUUGAUUCAAGCCUGGCCUGAAAAUGCUACUGAUCUCUAUGCUUUUGAAAAUCUGGAGAUUAUACGAGGCAGAACCAAGCAACAUGGCCAGUAUUCCCUUGCUGUAGUUAACUUGAAAAUACAGUCAUUAGGGCUGCGCUCCCUCAAGGAGAUAAGUGAUGGAGAUGUUGCCAUUAUGAAGAACAAGAACCUCUGCUAUGCUGACACCAUGGACUGGCACAGGCUGUUUGCAACUCAGACCCAGAAAACAAAGAUCAUACAGAACAGAAAUAAAAAUGAGUGUGCUGCUGCCAGGCAUAUUUGUGACCCGCUCUGCUCAGAUGUGGGCUGCUGGGGCCCAGGACCCUUCCACUGCUUCUCCUGCAGGUUUUUUGAUCGCCAGAAGGAGUGUGUGAAACAGUGCAACAUCCUGCAAGGGGAGCCAAGAGAGUUUGAAAGGGACUCCAAGUGCCUGCCUUGCCACCCCGAGUGCCUGGUGCAAAACUCCACCAUGUACAACGCAACCUGCACUGGACCCGGUCCUGACAAUUGCAUGAAGUGUGCCCAUUUUAUAGACGGCCCCCACUGUGUGAAAUCCUGCCCAGCAGGUGUUCUGGGUGAGAACGACACCCUGGUCUGGAAAUAUGCUGAUGCCAAUGCUGUUUGCCAGCUCUGCCAUCCAAACUGUACACGGGGGUGCAAAGGGCCAGGUCUUGAAGGCUGCCCAAACGGCUCCAAAAUCCCAUCUAUUGCAGCUGGCGUGGUUGGAGGUCUCCUGUGCCUGGUGGUGGUUGGCUUAGGCAUCGGCCUUUACUUGCGGAGACGCCACAUCGUCAGGAAGCGGACCCUGCGCCGGCUGCUGCAGGAGAGGGAGCUUGUUGAACCACUGACACCCAGCGGGGAGGCACCAAACCAGGCUCAUCUGAGAAUUUUAAAGGAAACAGAAUUUAAAAAGGUCAAAGUUUUAGGCUCUGGAGCUUUUGGCACUGUUUAUAAGGGACUCUGGAUCCCAGAAGGGGAGAAGGUUAAAAUUCCUGUCGCUAUUAAAGAGUUGAGGGAGGCUACAUCACCAAAAGCCAACAAGGAAAUACUUGAUGAAGCUUACGUGAUGGCUAGUGUUGACAAUCCUCAUGUGUGUCGCUUGUUGGGAAUCUGCCUCACUUCUACUGUUCAGCUCAUCACACAGCUGAUGCCCUACGGCUGCCUCCUUGAUUACAUCCGCGAGCACAAGGACAACAUCGGCUCCCAGUACCUUCUCAACUGGUGUGUGCAGAUUGCAAAGGGGAUGAACUAUUUGGAGGAGCGUCGCCUGGUGCACCGUGACCUUGCUGCCAGGAACGUCCUGGUUAAGACUCCUCAACACGUGAAAAUCACAGACUUUGGGCUGGCAAAGCUGCUGGGUGCUGACGAGAAGGAGUAUCACGCUGAGGGAGGCAAGGUUCCUAUUAAAUGGAUGGCCUUGGAGUCAAUUUUACACCGGAUUUACACUCAUCAAAGUGAUGUUUGGAGCUACGGUGUAACAGUUUGGGAGCUGAUGACAUUUGGGUCCAAGCCAUAUGAAGGGAUCCCCGCCAGCGAAAUCUCCUCUGUCUUGGAGAAGGGCGAGCGUUUGCCCCAGCCCCCCAUCUGUACCAUCGACGUGUACAUGAUCAUGGUCAAAUGCUGGAUGAUCGAUGCCGACAGCCGGCCCAAGUUCCGCGAACUGAUAGCAGAGUUCUCAAAAAUGGCCCGUGACCCCCCACGCUAUCUCGUUAUACAGGGAGACGACAGGAUGCACCUGCCCAGUCCUACAGAUUCCAAGUUUUAUCGCACCCUGAUGGAGGAGGAGGACAUGGAAGAUAUAGUGGAUGCAGAUGAGUAUCUCGUGCCACACCAGGGCUUCUUCAACAGCCCCUCAACAUCCCGCACUCCUCUCUUGAGUUCAUUGAGUGCUACCAGCAACAACUCUGCUACAACCUGCAUUGACAGGAACGGGCAGGGGCACCCUGUAAGGGAAGACAGCUUUGUCCAGAGGUAUAGCUCAGACCCAACAGGUGCCUUCUUGGAGGACAGCAUAGAUGAUGGCUUCCUGCCAGCCCCAGAGUACGUAAACCAGUUGGUGCUCAAGAAGUCAUCUGCCUCAGCAGUCCAGAAUCCAAUCUACAACAACUUCUCACUCACAGCGAACUCAAAGGUCCCCACAGACUCCAGCUACCAGAAUUCACACAGUACAGCUGUGGACAACCCUGAGUAUCUCAACACCAACCAGUCUCCACUGGCCAAAACAGUCUUUGAGAGUUCUCCGUACUGGAUCCAGGCGGGCAACCACCAAAUAAAUCUGGACAAUCCUGACUACCAGCAGGACUUCUUACCGAAGGAAACCAAACCUAACGGUCUCUUGAAAGUUCCCGCAGCAGAAAACCCAGAGUACUUGAGGGUAGCAGCACCAAAAAGUGAAUACAUUGAAGCCUCGGCAUGACCAUAGGGAAUUUCUUCUUGCAGCAAGGCAAGCCAGACUCUUGGUGGACCACCUGGCUGCUGCAAGAAUGGACUCUUGCUCAGAGUAAAUGGUGGCCACAAUGCAUCAAUAAGCACACCUUUCCUUUUCAGCAUGAGGGCUGAAACUGCGAAGCCUAUCUGAUGGUAGUUUGGGUCUUUUCUUGCCCAUUUCCAUGUAAUAACUGAAGCCCAUAGGCUGCACUCGGAUGCAUGUUGGGAUGGAGCUGGAUUUUCCUGGACAGAAGAAACCCGGAUGCAUUCCUUUAAUUUUAAAAUGGUAGCAUGGUAAGAAGCCACUCUGGGAUGAACUUGAGAACUGUACACAUCGUACAGUCAAAUGCCUUUCUACAGUCUGUAUUUUUAUAAAUGUUUUCUAACCGCUAUGUGGUGCUCAGAUCACCAGCAGGAAAAAAAACCACACCAUAAUGUUACUCAAUAUUUUUCCGAAACUCCUGGAACAGAAACAGUUAUUCCAGUCCACCGGAUUUUUACAAAUUGGCUCCAUAUACUGCUUGGCACAAGGAGGUGAAGUGCAUCUGGGGGACGUAUGGUAGAUUCUGCCCAGGGCAGUCUGGAGUGGAUUGCUCCAGGGAAAACUAGCACAAGGAGCAAAAUGGCACAAGGCAUCACCUACUGACCACUACUGCUACAAACUGACAGGAGGAACUAACCUUAAAAUCAUCUGUCCAUGGUUAUAAAGUGCUCACUGGUCUGUUUUCUGAUGGUCAAAUGCAAGACUUUUUUUUUUUUCUUUUCUGAUCCCUUAUGCAGCUGUCAAGUUGUCAAAAUACCUUUCUUCUACAACAGAACUGUUAAAGAUGUUGCUGUAACUGAAAAAUGAAAUGUCAAAUAACAUUUAACAGACUUGAAUGGAAUGUCAAGGAAAUGCAAAAGGUGGCAAAUUGGAGCAUUCACAAGACAGACUGGAAGAACUAUAGUAAAUUAAACUCGGCUAGGGCAAGAAAUACAGUUAGUUCUAGCCAAGCAGUUUUAUUUCCCUUCUUAGAGAGGCUCAGAGCAAAAGUAAUUUCCCCUUAUACAUUUGGCAAAGAAAGGGGGUAUAUAUCAGUGUUACAAUUAACUCACUUCAAGGCAGAAUACUGCCAAUUGCUGUACCAAGGCUGACUGCCCCUUUGGGGUUACCUGUCCUGGCAAUGCAGGAGGGGCACUGAGAAUGAAUUAAGGAAAGGAAGAAUAAUUUGGAGGGGUGGAAAAUAUUAUCUCCCUCUUCUGAAGAAGAGGACUGCCUACUGCUUUUUUAAAAUACUCAGCAUCAUCUUUUGUCGUCAGAGUGGAAAAGGCAGACAAGGCCAGGCUAAGAUUUUAGCUUGAUAGUAUGAAUCAAUCAGAGCAGCAAAAGCAGGCACUCUUUCCAGGGGCCUGUGAUACAGAACUUGAAAUUCUUCCAUUACAAACAUUUCUUAUGGAUGUAGGAGGAGUUAAGUGCCUAAAGUGUGAAUUUAGUCAGCAAUUUAGACACAUCCCACCAGCAGCUCAGCAGUGCUAUUUUAAUCAAACCACUAGAUCAGAAGGCAAAGACACAUGUGUGACUUUGGUACAAAGGCCCUCAACAACUUGAAUAUUUGUAACUUGCUUGAGGGUAGCAUAAGAAACCAAGUUGCAGAGGAUGUGUGGUCUAUAUUAAGUAGCAAGAAAUAGAUGUAUGCCACCACUGUGUUUUGAAUAUAUUAGUAUGUGUUUCAGUUCAAGUAUUGCAUCUGGAGUCCAGGCUCAAGCAGCAAAUCCUCAGAACAUUGGUUUUUUACAGAUUUCUUGAGGAACGGAGGAGAAAAAUAGUCUUGUGAAAUGACCCCUUUUAUAAGUAAUAUGGUGUAAAAUGCCUUAGCAGCUUUUGUAUGUGCUGUAGCUUAUGGGUCAUGCUGCAGUCUGGGGUAAAGCAGUAUAUUGGGUCAAAAUCCAGAGAUUGUCCUGUUUGGUACGUGUGUCACCGUGACCAAGUCCCAGGCCCAGCUGGAGGGAGGAUGCGAGGUUUGAGAUUGAUUAUUACUGGCUUGCAUUUAAAACACCAACCAAAAUUUAGUUCCCACGUCCAAUUAGUGGCAGAUUUCUCCUUGCAUUCCUGAGAGCAGAUUUGUUGUCUUGCUCUCACAAGCAGGCAACAUGUACGCACAGGCCGCGCUGCUCUUCUCCACCCACCACCCUGGGAGGAAUGUACAUAAAACCAAAAAAUAUAUAAGUAAGAGAAAUCACAGAUUAUUUUCAGUUGGCUAAAUCUGUUAUAUCUCCAAGCAGAACUACUAGAAAGUCACGCAGUUCACGUUCUCCUGCAGAAUCUUUCCAACACCACUGAACAAAGGAAUUUAUUGAUAUUUUUCUAUUAAUCUGUUAGAUUAAAUAAGAAGGCCACUAAGAAGUAGCAAUAUGUAUCACCAGCAUUAUGUAGCAUGAAAAUUAUUUAAUAGAGGGCAGUAUGCUUUCCCUUUUAAAACAGUUUAGGAGGGAUUCAGUAGUGACUCAUUGCUAGAAACAGGGAGAGUCAUCUAAAAAUUAAGCAGUGUAGGUUUGAAAGAGCAUCGCUUUUUGAAUGCAUUGGUUUUGAUGAAAAAAAUAGGAAAGAGGAUGUAGGACCACAAGCUCUCAAUACAAACAUGCAGAUUCCAGAUUGGUGGGAUCAGCUAUAUUAAAUUGGCAGCCCAGUAAUGAGUCAAAAACCAGCAAAAAAUAAAACCUGAGCUGUAGGCUGUGCCUGCAGGGGCAGACACGGCAGCACCAGAAGAGGUUGGGACGGUGCAGCUGCGUGGCUGUCACCCAGGGCACAGGUGCUAUGGGGGGUGGUGCUCACAGGGCAACAGACAGUAGCAGUGUACCAAAUUAUUUCCACUGAGAUGAAAAAAAAGAUGGAAAAUCAAUAAGCAGCUGAAAUGGUUUUCCCACCACAGCUCACUGACCAUGUGACAGCAAGGAGCCAUGUGCAGAUCAUAGGUGCGCUCAUAAAGGCAAACACAGUUAAGGAAGCAUAAAUAACUUGAAAUUACUUGAAAGUUCUGCCCUUGUCUCACAGGAGGUGGAGGAAGAAAAUGCUGAUUUUUAAAACAGAACUAAAUAGGGAAAUGUAGCAGGCCACAGCCACUUUUGAAAGCUAACAGGCUUACCAAUCAAGAAACCACUCACAAGUUAGUGUUUAGCAUCUCUUAAUCAUAAAGCAGCAGUUAAUAUGAAACUGCUUUUGCAAUAAUAAUGAAGCAUUUUUAAUUACUGCUAAGUAUAUGAAAAUGUAUGUUGAGUCAAAAAUCUUCACUUUGAUGUUUUCCAGUAAUCUGUGUACAGUGUCAGCACACUUGACUUCAUUUGGGCCUAGGGUUGUUUUCUUCGGCUGCAAAGGGAGUUGGCUUGAGAAAAGUCCUUCAUGUUGCAGUUGGUCUUGUUGGGUAAAUUCAUCUGAGAGGCCAGGGGCUUGCUUUUGUUUCCAGCUGGUAGGAACAAUGCAGUGAGUUUUCUAGAGAGAGCAGUUGGAACUUGAUGGUGGUUCACCAUCAAGUGGCCAUGUGAAGCCCCCAACAUUAGGAAAUACAGUCCCAUGGUUUAUUUGAAAGGAAGGGGCUUGUGUAGGGAGAGUAAUGCCAGGGAAGGGGCACAGCCAGCCAAUCCAUACCCGAGACAGCUGCCAAAUUUGCCAAGGGGCAUCCUGAGGCCAUCAAUAGAGGGUGACAGAGCUCUGGAACAGGCUGCCCAGGGAGGUUGUGGAGUCUCCUUCUCUGGAGAUAUGCAAGACCCACCUGGAUGCAGCCCUGUGUAAUGUGCUUUAGGCAAUCCUGCUUUAGCAGGGGGGUUGGACUAUAUGAUCUCCAGAGGUCCCUUCCAGCUGACAAUUCUGUGAUUCCGUGACUGUUCCUGCAGGUACACUCGACUCCUGUCCCUGCUACCAGCUUGAAGCAAAGCCCUCUUGCAGAGAUCGUUGUGCAAAAACCAGUGUACAUGGCAUUUGUACUAUGGGCUGAAUCUUUCCUCUUGCCUGGGAGGUGCAGUUAGGGCUACAACAAUGUGACAGGACCCCAUACAGCUUAACGAGGUCCCAUCACAAGGUGCCUGGGGUGCCCUCAGUCCAUCUGGGAGUGCUCCAGAGUGCCAAGGAGAAACUUUGCAUUUCCAAACGAGUGCUCGUUUUUCAGAUUCAGAGUGUAACAUCUUCUGUUAGUAUGUCUGCUGCCUCUCCAAAUGAGCACUUACUGUACUCUGGCUUUUGUUUCCCUUCGCGUUUGUGACAGAACAUCUGAAUCAGGAUAAAGUAUGAAAAUGUACCUGCGUCCUCCUUCCUGAUGGCAACCAUAUACUCGUGAAAUGUCAAACUCUGUUUAACACUUAGCAAGAAUGCUUUGUAAUGCUUUAUCUCCACUGGUUCAAAUUUUUAUAUUGGGAUCCCAUUUUCUAGCUUUCUUUUUUGUAACUGUUACCUCUUUGUUCUGGUAUGCAACUUCUAAGGAGCCUUUUUAAAAUAAUAAAAAAAUAAUAGGGGGGGGGAAGUUUAUACAAAAAAAAACCAUGACACCUUCAAGUAGCUUGUCAAGUGGGCUGCAUUAGGACCAAAGAUGUAAUGUCUUGUUUUCUUGCUUUAAAGGAAUAGGAUAUUGAUCAUCACUUCCACAGCCUCUCAUUACAGGGAAAAGCUCCACUCUUCAUUGGGGCUGGGCCAGACCUCUUCUGAGCCAAGAGGGCUUGACAGGAGGAUGAGGCCUGUCCCUAGAAAACCAAACCCCAAAUAUCAGGACCAGGUAUCACUUCAGGGCCAGACCUACAACCUCUACUCCAUUUCAAUUCCUUUUCUCCUCAGUGGAAUAGCUAAACAGGGACAAAGUCAAGGAAAACAAACAAAACAAAACAAAACAAAGAAAAACCAACAACCUACAUUAUAUUUUGGCUUAGUAUCAGGAAAAAAAUGCACUUAUAUGAAGGUGGGACUUGAUGAGAUAACUGCUUUUUAUGCUAGGAAGUGUGUAGGCAAGGCAGUGAGACUUGAAACCAGUAACAGUUUUGGUGAUGUAUUACUUUAAUUCUGCAGGGGAGUUGAAAUCACUGAGUUUCCAUGAUAGGCUUGUCUUUCUGCCAUGUGUCCUGCCUCCAUUUGGCACUGUGUUGUGGAAGAUCACCUGUAUUACUGUGGCCACGUGGACUGAGAAUUGCGGGUCAGUCAGGGGUACUGCAUGCACCCCCUCCUUCUUGUACGUGGGAGAGAAGAGUGCAGUGAUAGCAGGCUGUACCACAGUUAGUGGUCAAGCAAACUCAGAGUACCAGCCAAAAAAAUAGGGUUUCCUGAGUUAAAACUGGUAACUAGAGACCCAGAUAACAAAUGAUACACCACUUGUUGCACUGCUGCAGUCAGCAGGCAAAACGCCUUCAGCCAAGAUUCAGGGCUGCUGCACUACCAACAUUGCUCUUGUCCUGUUACACAGUGCAGAUGGGGCUGUCUGGGUGCAUGACAGCAUGGGCCUUCUGGGCUCUCUGUACCUCUCACUUGGAAGUAACAGAUUUUUCUGAUUAAGAAGGUGAAAACCAGAAAUCACACCUGCCACUAACAACUGGACUGGUUGAAGUUGUUGUUCCUGUGUAGCUGAUACGGUACAUCGUUUCCAGUCCCUCUGGGAUUUAUCCAGACCCUUAUCCUUACUUCUCACAAGCUAGCUGGAGAGUGGGCAUUUGCAACCACCAACAAUGUCAUCCUCAUAUUUUAUGAAACAGAAGAAGUAAAGUAGUUGUCUGCCAUGGUAGGGGGCUUGGCUCACAUACCUAGGUUGCUUUUUUAAUCCUCCAUUCCUAGUAUCAUUCCCCUUGAAAUUAAUGGGAUGUUUAACUUGAUUACGCUGAGAGUAUAAAACAAGGCUAAUGUUGAGUGAUUUUUAAAAAUCCCUCACAAUAAUCAGAGAUCCUAUGGAUCCAUUGCCCAUUUUAGGCUGCUUUGUACUGAUGCAAUCAACCAAGUAUAAGGUAUAAUGCCUUGGUUUUAAGAAACUGUCAAGCAAUAUAUCCAUAGAUACAGAUGGUACCCUCGCAGCAUUGUAAAGUUACUCAACUAUGAAAGCACUAUUUGUACAAUAAGAAACUCUUGACUUUUGUAUGGUUUAAUGGUUUAUACUGUUGAUCAAACAUUGUUUGUAUAUUGAGCGAUAAAAAUGAGGUGUAUAUUAUUCUUUUUAAUUGUUUUUAAUUUUUGGAGAACUUUUAUUGUAAUAUACUGUUAUAUUGGGGGCGGGGUGGGGGGGUGGGGAAGACAAAUCAGUGGCUAGCUUGUAGGGUUUGUAGCCGAAAAACUCACAUUGAGGGUUCUUCAUUGAUGGAUGUAGAUUUUUUUCUGGUAAAAGUUGUCACCUUGGGGAUUUAUCCAGAGCUUAGUGAAGCUAAUAACAAGACUCUUCCCUCUCUCCGAGACUCUUCGGCUCUCUGCUUGGACAGUGCUGGAGUUUCAUAAUGUAAGCAAUAACACAGCUAAUACUUGUGACCAUUGGAAGUGCAAUAUGAAAGCCCAGGUGCUGCUUUUCAGGGCAGUAAUAAAAGCUGCUCUUUCAAAUUGUAGGGCAGGUUCUCACUCUGCUUUUGUGGUAAUAGUAGAAGCAGAGUCAAAGCAAUCCCUCAGAAACUCAUCAUUGUGACAUGUGGCAUAUGAAACCAUCCUGCUGGCCAUUUCUAAGUUGCAUAGCUAUGAGCUGUGCAACAUCACCACAGAACUCCCUCAUAAGGAAAGGCAAAAGAAAGUCUUGACCAGAGUCACACUGGUGACUUAAGUUGUACUACAUUUGGCAAAAAGAGAAAUUCUGUUAGCAAACCAAUUCAAAUGAAGCCUCGGCAUGCCCCGUGUUUUAUUAUCCAACUGGUGGAACAUCUAGCAGACAAAGAUUAAAGGAGUUACAGGGUAUUCAGCAUAACAGAGCAAAAUACACUGGGUUGACUAAUAGAGUAGAGGGGAGCUGGAAAUGUCAGUACACAUUCAGCCUGGAUAAGUCCCUACUAUUACAGUUAGUAAAUUAAAUCAUUUUUUGUCUUUAUAGAUGGAACUUUGUACACAGAAAAAAAGCCACUACAGCACCUUUCUCGUUUUCAUCUUUCCAUCCAGCCCCUUCCAGUCCAUAGGCUGCAUGUUUUACCAGCUGAACCUAUCUUAUGCAGAAAUGACAUAGUCUUAAUCUUCAUAUUACCGGUUCUCAGAAAUGUCUAAUGCGUAUUAAUGCAUGGUAUUUUUAUUUUAAUAAAAGUAAUUAAUAAA